ACUUUCGACAAAGAUAAAUAAAUUUUCAAAUCGUGCCAACUCACAAAUUUGUUAACCCUUUAAAUUUGUAGAACAUUGUGUUUAUCAAAGUGUAUGCGCUUUAACAGAAAGUUAAAAUAAAAAAUGAAGACAAUUUGUUAUACCUUCUUUUUUUUGGAAAUACUUUUAUGUCUUUCAACAUUUCCAAUCUUAUCAAUAGCACGAAUUAUUGGGUCGAACGUUCUUACAGAUUUAAUGUCAUCAAAAGACGAAAAAUUUUAUUGCAUUAAACCAGAAUGUAUUCAUACAGCAUCAAGAAUACUGGAAUAUAUGGACAUAACUUAUGAUCCAUGCGAGAAUUUUUACAAAUUCGCUUGUGGUCAAUAUGACAACUCGAGAACAACUCGUGCAUACAAGACAAUAGAUCAGAUUUCAAUGAUUGAAAAGGAAAUUUUUAAAGAGAUGCAAAAUUAUCUACAGAAAGAAAUUUCACCCACUGAACCAAGAUAUGCCAAAUUAAUCAAAACAUUUUAUAACAGCUGCAUUGAUGGAUUUUAUAACUUAGAAAAGAUAAAUUUAAAUCGAGUUGGGGAUUUAGUAAAUAAAAUCGGUGGAUGGCCUUUUAUAAAUGGUGAAUCUUGGACAGAUGAAAAUUUCCAAUGGGAAAAAUUUGGUUCCCAAGACGAAAAUAUUACCAUUUUGGAAAAUUAUUUCAUAUCAAUUAAUUUUCGAGAAGACACUAUAAAUAGUCAAUACAAAGUAUUGGUGAUAGAGCAACCGUCAAAAUUUUUUACAUUUCCUGACGACUACCCUAAAAUAUUUAAAACUGUUGAAUGGUUUAAAGUAAACAUAGAUGAAGAUAUUGAAAAGGAUUUGAUACAAUUCCUCGAAGUGGACAAAAAACUGUUUAAUAUAACCGUUGAAAAGAAAGAUAUAAAUAUUAAUCCGUAUGAAAGAAUGACUGUAAAGCAACUAAUGGAAAAAUAUUCAAAUAUUUUGUGGAAGGAAUUGUUUAAUACGUUUUUAAAGCCAAAUACUAUUUCUGAUGAUGAUGUUAUACUUGUUGACGAUAUCGGCUACUUUAAUAAAUUUAACGAACUUAUUAAAAAUAUUUCAAAAAGUGAUCAGGCAAACUAUCUUAUAUACAGAGCAAUUUACACAAUUUUAGAAGAUUUCAUUAUAUCAACUGAUGUUGAAGACAAAGAAGGAAUUUGUUAUGAAUCUAUAGAUAAUAUUUUUCAUGAAAGUCUUGGUGCUUUGUAUUUUAGAAAUGUUUUCAAUAGAUCCUCGAGUCUGAAAAAUGUGGAUGAAAUGGUUGAUAAUAUUUAUGAUCAGUUUAAUUCUAUUCUAAGAAAGAGUCAAUGGAUGGAAAAUGGAACGAAGCUUAGAGCGUUAGAAAAGCUGAGAUCGAUGUUUAUUGUACGUCCAACUCAAUAUCUUCUUCGUGAUGACAAUGAAAUUGAUGAAUAUUACAAAGACUUGGAAAUUACACCAGGCGAUUAUCUUCAGUCGUUGAUAAACAUUACAAAAUUUCAAGUAUACAAACAAAAUGUAGAGGUAUUCAGAAGACCAGUGAAUAAGGGCAGUUGGACAGAGAUACUUAGCGCAAAAACAGUGAAUGCAAAUAAUGUGCAUCCACAAAAUAAAAUUGUCGUAUCACCGGCCUAUUUGCAAGGAGACAUUUUUAAUGCAAAUAGACCCCAGUACAUGAAUUAUGGAGCAAUAGGAUCUGUAAUUGGACAUGAAUUUACUCAUGCUUUUGACAAUCAAGGUAGAAAAUAUGAUGAAGCAGGAAAUCUGAUUAAUUGGUGGGAGCCAAAAAGUGAUGGAAAAUUUCUUGACAAAGCUCAAUGCAUAAUUGAUCAGUAUAACAACUUUACAGUCGAAGAAAUUAGCUUAAAUAUAAAAGGAAACAAAACACAAAAUGAAAAUAUUGCAGAUAAUGAAGGAAUUAAAGUUGCAUAUUUAGCUUAUGAAAAGUAUAUGAAAACCCAUGGUCUCGAGCCAUUGUUGCCUGGUGUCAAUUAUACACAACGUCAACUUUUUUGGAUCAGUUUUGCUCAAUUAUGGUGUGCAAAAAAGACACCUGAUGAACUAAAGGAUUUAAUUGAAAACGAUGAGCAUGCUCUUCACAAAUUUCGAAUUAUCGGUUCCCUUAUUAAUAGUCGGAGAUUCGCAAGAGAUUUCCAAUGUGCCCCAGGCACAAGAAUGAAUCCUAAAAAGAAAUGUCACUUUUGGUAACAAUUUCCAUUAUUUUGGAAAAAAUUGUUUGUAUUAACAAAUAAAAUAAUAAAUAUUCAUGACAAACUAUU